AUGGAUGAACAAGGCAACAGAGGCACGGUGCUCGGCUGUGGCCCGUGGGGAAACUUGGAGAGAGGGGCCCGGCUGCGGGUAAACAAAAUGACAGGGGCCCGGCCGCUGGGAGACACAGAGAUGGACCGGGCUGCAGGGGAUCAAUGUGGCAGGGGCCCGGCUGCAACCGGCAUGGAAACACG